AUGGAAGAGCAAAUCGCUGUAGUUCGGGACGGUGAUAUCCUUGAAUUACGGUCUCGACAGGCACAUACAAAGAGCAAGGCAGAAAAUCCAUCUAAAAAGCGGAAGAGAGCAAGUGCAUCUACCGGUUCGUUCUUUAAGUUCAGUGCUAUUUCCCAGUCGGAGAGCCCUGUGCAAUCUCUUCAAAAGGUUUCAGAGCCGCUCACCAACUCAAGGGUACCUGCAGGUGUUGCUCUCGAAAGCCCUAGGAAGCAGAACUCAUCCACCCCUCGUAGAAAUCGUACCACACCCGUCAUUAGUAGACAAAUGAAGUAUGAUCAUGCCUCUGUUAAGACGCGUGACCCCACUUCUGCUCUAGGCCUGCUUUCGAAAUCAAAAGAUAAGAACAGUUGCACUGGGGUUUCAGAGCCUUCUCAAAAGUCUGGGCAGGAUCAUGUACCGUCGAGAAAUCCGUUCUGCACUCCUACAGAUGACCCUACGAUGUCAUCAAAGGCUGAUCUUCUCGACAAGAAGCAAAACUUCGCCACAGAAUCAUACUUUCCAGCCGACGACACCGGAAUGGAAUGUGUUUUAGGAGGAAACAAAUCUUCGUCACGAGCCGCAAAAGCACGCCAGGACACACAAGUCGCUUGCUCACAAAUAGCACCUACUCUGCCUAAAAGACGCGUCCACUUCGAUCGGCUGUAUGACCGAUGUGUCGGGCAAAACUCCAAUCGCCAAGAGUUACGACAUCACGUGUCGCUAGAAAAUGCCUCCUCUGGCGAUACGAAGGAAGGGACAACUGGUGUCAUAGAAUGCGAACAGCCUGAUCAAUACAAAGGUGGGGUUCGCUCUAAUGAAACAAUUCUUCCUGAGCAAUCAAGUAUACUGUCGAUAACGCGAAAGAAGAGGGUCAGAACUCUGUCAGUUGAAGCCAAGCGCAAACGCAACUUGAGGAACCGAAAACGAGAGCAAAGGAAACGCCAGGCACUUCGUGAACGUUUGGCAAAUUGCAACACAGUCAAAAAAGACGUUCUGAUAGGCAUAGAGUCUAUUUCUCAGCAACCGAAUAUCCAUGACAGGAUGCCCUUUGAAUUGGCAGCAAAAAUGAAGGGAAACCGAGUCGACCGCAGCAGUAGUCCCAGCAAAGAGAAGGAGGCGAAAACUCGCAUGACAACCGAUAAUUCAAGCAAUGUUGAUGAGAUAGGAAGCCACGAAAAAGCCGCUCAGUACGAAACCGGGCAACAACAUCUCAACGCAGAGAAAGCUAAGUUACUCGACGAGAUAGAACGUGGUGAAAGUUCGCGAGAGCAAUUCGAACAGCACCUCAGCAAUUUACCAUCGCACGAUAUGGAAGGGAAUGUAAAACGCAAGCAAAUGUCCAAAAUUUCACGUACUCAAGAUGACCCGAGCCCACUGAAGUCCUCAAAAAGCAUGAGGCACGGCUCUGUGGCAUCAGCUCUUCGCCUGGCGCGGUCGCAUGGAAUGCUCGACGGCGGUACCAAAGAAAAAAGUCCCACAGGUGAAGCAGGUAUUCCGUCUUUCCCUGAAUUGAAGUCAGACAAGUCUUGCAACCUACAACUGCCGACAAACGCAACCCCCAAGACUGCGUUCAUAGUUUCACAGGCAUCAAACCAACACGGAGGGAAAAGGCGAAAGUUGUCAAAACGAGCACGAAUGUAUAUUGGAGAAGAGCAGUACAAUGAAAGCUUUUUCAUUGGGUUUGAGAAUCCUAAAAACAUAUCACUCCCAUCUCCUGAUCUAUUGGACCUGUUCAGACUCAAAGAUGGGGGGACGGGAGCAGUCGCAACAGAUUUGUUCGGGGAUGAAAAAAGGACCAACUGCACUGGGCCCGAAAAUCUAGAGUCACCCGCGCCUAGCACGACAAAAUAUGCAGCAAGAGCUGUAACCAAGGCUUCUUACAAGCACCCAAAUGAAAAAGAGAUAUCCAAAACUGACGACAAGGGGGAAAGAGACCGUUUAAUUCUGCACAUGGGAAUUCAUGAAAAUAUCUUGACAGAUCAAACGGCUGCCGAAACGGAAAAAGAAACAGAAUUGAUUUGCCACGACGAUUUUGAAGAACCGAGGAGCAAAGGCGAACUUACCAAAGAACUAGAUCACGCAAUCAUGAAGAUAGGCAAGGACUCUGAAGUUGCGAAAAUUGCCUCUCGUUCUGCAACGCUGGGGUCGCCAGAUGCGGGUACAAAAGUAGUCCAUGUAGAAAGCCCCGAUGCAAAGAUUCCUUCUAGAUCACCUAUGAAGACUAAACAGGGCCCUGGACAGGGACCACUACGUUUUCCUUUUUCUCAGCGUUCAAACGGUAGUCAGGGAAACCGUGGCUUAUAUCGGGACCCGAGCAGUUUUCCAGGAAUGAAAAAAACACCGCGCGAAUGUGGAGCCCUGAGUGUGGGAGAAGCGAAUUCCAUUUAUCCUGUUGCUUCCCUUGAAAGAAACCUUGAAGUUUCCUUAUCCUCCAGUCUGUGUCCGGUCACGGGACCUGGAGCAGAGAGGGCUCCAUCAAGCUUUCAAGACCAGGGCGAGUCCACCACACAAAGGUGUUCGGGUUCUGCUCCUGUUGCCACUUGUGAUGAGGACUAUCACGACAGCCUACUAGGAAAAGGUUUCACCGGAACUGCUAAACAGAAAUCUCUGCAAGACCCGCAUGUCAUCACAAACGACAGCACAGAGUUGGAAGCCAAAAGAAACACGAGAAAGAGAUGCAGAAGCCAUUCCGAACAUCCCACGGAGGUCUUGAACCACAGCAAACCUCGACAAAUGCCGCAUAGCGAGCUGAGUGCUGGGUAUCUUGCUGAAUCAAAAACGUCCUCAUUAGUAACCCACGAAGAGCUGGCGCUUUGUGGAACAUGUGAUGUUGUACGGUGUGAGAGCAACACGGAGUUCAACAACAACGACGGUACAGAGAACCGAGCCGUGCGUAUCACCAACGGACAAGCAGUCGACAGCUACAGAGAAUGUCUCUUGCAUGCGCUCUGGGACUCAGUGUCUGUACUAGGAGAGUUUUGUGCCGGUCGCUUCGCGAGGUAG